AUGCAGAUAGUAAUCGACUUAUACAUCGAUUGUUCCGACUGUCGUCACUACCUGAGGCGAAAUGGUUCAGGUAAACAUCACCUGAGAAUCAAUCAACAUCGAUUUCUCAAAGUUCUUCUUCCCGACUUAUUUCAUCCAAUCCAAUUCACACUUCACUUUCUUUCCCGCAUUUUUUUUUGUUUCUUUAUCACGUUUGAACAAUGGCUUAACUUUCCUUUUCUUUCUCAAUUUCUUUCUCUUCUCCUCUUUCUCUUCUCGCCUUCUUUAUUUUUUUCUUUCUCUUCUCGCCUUAAUUUCUUCUUUCUCUUCUCGUUUUCUCUCCUUUCUCUUCUAUUCUCACCUUCUUUCCUUUCCAUUCUAUUUUCACUGCUCUCUCCUCUUUCUAUUCUAUACUCACCUUCUUUCAUUUUUCUUCUUUCUUUUCUAUUUCAACUUCUCUCUUCUUUUACUUUUCUAUACUCUUCUUUUUUUCCUUUCUCCUUCUUGUCUCUCUCUUUCUCUUCCUCUUCUAUUCUCUUCUUUUUCCUUUCAGCCUCUGGUUUUUUUAUCACUUUUCUUUUGCUCUCUGUCUUUUCUCUCUUAGCUUCUAUUUUCUCUUGUCCUCAUCUUCCUUUCCAACUUUCCUUUCUCAUAUUUGCCUUCCUCUUUCUUCCCGUCUUAGUCUCCUCUUUUUCACCUUAUUUCCUUCCUUUUCCUUUCUUCCUCUUCUUCCCUACGUUCACAUCCCUCUUUCUUUCUCCUCUCCUUUUCACCAUUUUUCUUUACCUUUCUGUCUUCUUUUUCCUGACUACUUUUCCAUUUUCUCUCUUCUCUUUAUUUUUCUCUUCUUUUUCUCCUCUUCUUCCUUUUCUCCUCUUCUUCUUUUUCUCCUCUUCCACUUGUUUCUCACCCUUCUUUUCAGCCUUCUACAUGUUUCCCUUUCUUUUUCCUCCUCCUCCUCCUCUCUCUCCCUCUUUUAGUCUUAGCCUCAUUUUCCUACCUUUCCUAUGUGUCUUUUUUUCUCUAAUUUUCUUCUUUUUUUUUGUUCUUCUUUCUCUAUAUUCACCCUUGCCUUCUUUCUCUGAUUUACUUUCUUUCCUUCCCGUUUCUCUCAUUUCUCUUUAUUUGUUCCUCUUCUGUCGUUUGUUUUUCGUUCCUUUACACCCAAUUAUUUCCUUAAACACAGGUUACAAAAAAAACGACCUUUGUUGUAUUUCUCUCUCUCUCUCUCUCUCUCUCUCUCUCUCUCUCUCUCUCUCAACUGAAAGAAACAAAGCCUAA